AUGACUUCGCUUACUUCAUUCGGACCAACUGUUGUUGACAAGCCAGUUCUUUCCUCCAGCAGCCACUUCUUACGCCAAAGUACUCAACCUGAUAUAAUGGUAAGGACCACCCCCUCAGUUCAAUCCUCUAAACACAUCUUCCAUACAUACUCUCAUCAGCUCAGAGAGAAAAGUGGAUAUUUCGAUAAAGCACUAGACUCUAUGGAUUGGGCAUUAAGAGAACACCUUCCCAUAUCUCUCACCGACAUCGAAUCCGACGUGUUUGCACUUGUAUUAAAAUAUAUACAAAAUGAGAACAUUGAUAUCAAUGCACUAGAUGCUCAAAUGACAUUAGACCUCCUCGUAGCCGUAUGUAAACUACGAAUUAAAGGCAAUCUCAUCGAUCUGUUGGACACCCACUUCCAGAUCACCCACGGCCGCUGGCUACAAGAGAAUCUCAACCUUGUCUACAAUUCACUCAAACCACAUUUCAAGCAGCUGACUUACAUCUCCUCAUACUGCGAAAUACUCUUCAGCAAUUAUCCGAUCGAAUUUAUCUUUGCCAAAGACUUUACACGUCUCACCAAAGACACGCUAAUAUCACUGUUCAAGAAUAAUCUACCCAUCAGCGAAAUGGUAAAAUGGAAUAAAGCGUUAGAGUGGGGGAAAAUUCAGGCCAGGCUCACUGAGUGUCCGAGAAUAAUUCCAGAAUCUGUAGAACAUUGGAGACCAAUACAUUUCCAUGCAGUGGGAAAGGAAAUUGUGGAAGUAGUGGUAUACAUCAAGUUUUGGGAUUUGCAAUAUAACGAAUUUAUGACUCACGUCAGGCCAUUCAGCAAAAGCAUUCCCAGAGACAUAUACCUUCGCGCGUUACGUGUACAAAUAAAGGAAAAUAGAAGAGCGCAAACACAGUCGGUAAUAACAGAAUCAGGGUUACCCUCCAUCAAAGUAACGGCGUCCACACCAACUCUUGCCUCGAUAGAAAUGAAGAGAACAAAGAGCAACUCAUCAGACAUCCAUUCGAACAGAUCGACUCUCUGCGGAUCCGUCACCAGUGGAGCUACCACAAUGGUCGGUACUGUCAACGAAGAAAUCGUUUUAGAUGACGCGAACGUUGUUUCUUACAUCGGCAACGAAGUAGAAAAGGAGAAACCUGCUGAUGGAGAUGGUCUUAAAAACGAUGUUCAGACGCGUAAACAGCGUCGAAGAAGACCCAAGAAUAUCAAACCGUUGGUAUCCAAGAGCAAAAAGGGUGAUUACGAUAUCAUUGAUAAAGAGAACGCUCAAUCUCCAAAUAAUAUCGACAAUGAGAAUACUCAGUGUUCAAUGAAGGUCGAUAAAGAAAAUGGUCAUUGUCCCAAUUGCAUUGCAAAACCCAAUUCCGUAAGACCCUCGCGUAAGCACAAACGUCUACUCGAGCGCAGCAGCACUGUACCCGCUUCUGGUCUCGGUGCUUUCCUUGUACAUGUGAGAACGAACGACAACAGGGAAAAGUUAUUGCUAGUCAAGCAGCGAUCCGAUACAGAUGGAAACGGAAGUAUGGGAAGAGAAUCUGAAUAUAUAGAAGAAGCAGAGAUUGUAGAAGAGGUGGAUGGCGUUAUGGUGAUUAAAGGUGGUGGCGCAAGCAGAAGUCGAAAGGGAAGAAAGCGUAGAAGAAAUGAUGGCAAUACAAAGACUGGAAAGAAACCUCACAGCCCGAGUGAAGAAGACAUUACUACUCCUACAAAGGAUGUAUUCCAAAGAAAAUUUUCGAGUUCUAUUAUUACAAACGUGCAUCCUUUCGUCCAAGAAGACUCAACAUGCGUAUCUUCUCAUCAACACAGUCUGAGAGCUCCACCUCGCCCGAAACGGGAGCCUACCAGCAAAAACUUGAAAUGCAUCACGUCAAAGGGUAGUAAUGAUUGCCACUAUUCUGACGAAUUCGCACUUACUCCUGGAACUAGUGUGUACCCACAUGAUUUAAACGUAUCGUGCGAGUCGGCACAUUUGUUCGAACAAGAAUGCCUUCCGUUACUAGCAUCUUGGAUCGACGAGUCUUUGGGAUUAGGCGAUAGUCAUGAAUAUAAACAAAGACAGCAACGAAUUCAUGAGAUUACAGACGAGGAAGACUGUGCACAGACUCCAACAUCUGUCUACUUUUCCGCGCCUUCUUCUCCAAUAUCGUCGCCCUUUGAUUUCUUCCCAUCUUCCCCGUUCUCGAAAGCUUUUUCUGAUGACCAGUCACCUCUACCAUCUCCACUCGCCCUCCCCCGCAUGCCAGUCCCUGCGCAUCAACACGUCUCGCGACUUCCUCAGCCAAGCCUAACGAUUCACCUUCUCUACAACACUGCUCUUCACUCUCCAACUCUGUCGGCCUUCCAUCCAAGACGUGAUAAUGUAGGCGUUACAGCAACAGUUGUUGAACCCCGUCUUUCCUCUGUCUUCUUCGGAGGAUAUAAUCCAUUCUCAAGAUCGUCUCUACCUGAACACAAGCGCAAGAACGCUCGCAAUACGGGUGUGUUCUCAAAGUCUAAAGACGAGUUAAACUACCAAGAGAAGGCGGCUGUCAUCGGAUCAAGAGUGUGA